AUGUCAGCAGAGGAGGAUUGGAAGCUGCACAGUCCCGAAGAGAGCAUCGGCCUGUUGCUGGACCGCAUGUUGGGAGGUGAGGCAAUCGCUGCCGGCGUGUCUCAGGACUAUGGUUGCCUGGCCUCGAAGCGCGACCUCUCGAGCGAGAUGGAGCAGCCGGAUUCAGCGAAGCCGUCUAGCGACGAGACUCAUGUGGGCCUCGGCGUCUGGCAGCUGAUGCUGGUGCUGUUCUGUGCCUUCUCACUGGCUCCUCAUGAAAUCUUCUCCAUCUACACCAGCUACCCGACGGCGGAUCGCAUCAUUCUGCCCUCCUACCUCGACACUCUUUCCCAGGCCUCGUCUGUCACCAAUGCGAUGCAUGUGGCACAAGUUGCACAUGUGCCACUUGUGGCCGAGACAGGAAGAUGGCUCCUCGGGGGGGCGGAUGAGGUCGAGCCGUUGCUGAUGCGCUGCCGGCUCCCGGCAACAUGGGAGGCUGGAUUGGCGCCACAACUCUCUUUCCUACAGCUGAUAGCCGAAUUUCAGUGGAGCCAGACAAGUCUGGAGAUUGACAACCCUCAAGUCGAGGCUGAGAAUGGUACAGUUCGAGUCCGGCUAACCGAUGCGCCAGCUGACACGGUCUGGUCCAUGUGCACUCGGCGUCGCCUCAACUGGUUGGCGAGACCGGCUCGUCGGAAUCACAGCCAGCCUUGGCAACUGGGAGAAGAUAAGCUAUUGUCGGGUCGUCGCGCAGGCAAGAAGCAAGAGAACGGAGUGGAGAGCGAGUUGGUGGGACCAAAUACGAGCACUGAGAGUGCAAGAUUUGAGGUUAGAGAAGGGAUUGAUGGUAAAGAAACGGUGCAAUCCAGCCUGACCUCCGGAGAGCCUUGCCUGCAGGGCUAUGUCUACUCCGAGACGCAGUUAUCCAUUGUAAGUUGA